GGAAGGCCAGUGUAACAGAGGAGCUGGACAGUGUGACAACCAACAGGCAUCUGCUCCACCCUACACCUGGAAUUAUAGGAAUUAUAGUUCUCUCAUGUUGAAAUUUUGCUGGUCUUAUCUCCGUCCAUGAUGAUUCUACUACAAAUCGCUUUGCUCAUCGCUGUGUGUGGAAGGAGCCAAAGCCAAGAGCAAACCUACCUGGUGACAGGGCCCCGACUAUGGAGAAUUGGAGCACAGGAAACUGUAGUCAUUCAGGCUUUUGGGCAAACGGAAAAUUUCCCGAUAAAAAUGUCAUUGCUCAGUUUCCCAGAUAAAAGGACCACGUAUGCUGUGCAGAGCAUUGAUCUGACUCCAGCCAACAAAUUCCAAGGACUGAUCAACCUCCAGAUUCAGCCAAAAGAUUUACCGCGGAAAGAUGGCGAAAUGCAGUAUAUCUACCUUCAAGCACAAUCAAAAUCUUUCACCAAAGAGGAAAAAGUGGCAGUUAUUUACGAAAAUGGGCACCUUUUCAUCCAGACUGACAAAGCUGUCUACACGCCUGACCAAUCUGUAAAGAUCCGGGUCUAUUCCAUGGAUGAGGAGCUGAGACCAGCCCGCCGCCGGGUCACCCUCACUUUCUUGGAUCCUGAGAAAGUGAAAAUGGACAUAAUAACGCAAGAUGACGUCACAGGUGUCAUUUCAUUCCCAGAUUUCAAGAUUCCGGCCAAUCCCAGAUAUGGUUUGUGGAGUAUAGAAGCUGCCUAUGAAUCCGAUUAUGUAACCUCCAGUUUGGUGAAGUUCGAAGUAAAGGAAUACGUUCUGCCAAGGUUUUUUGUCACCAUUGAACCAGAACGCAAUUUUAUCAGCCAUGACACUUUCAAGGAUUUCUCUGUCACUGUAAAAGCAAAAUAUUAUUAUGGCAGAAUAGUGGAGAAGGGAAAAGCCUUCAUUCGAUAUGGGCUACUUAUAAAUGGAGAGAAGAAGUUGAUGGCAAAAUCAAUAGACGUGUUGCAGAUGACCAAUGGGGAGGCUGUAUUCCAAUUUAACAGUGAGCGCUCGGUGGCGGAGCUGCAGUACUCUUCGCUGGAAGAGCUGGAAGGGGCUCUCCUGUAUAUAACAGCAACAGUGGAGGAAGAAGAAGGUGCCCAGUCCGAAGAGAGCGAGAACGCCAAUGUCAAAUAUGUUUUAACGCCCUACAGGCUGACACUUAUAGCAACACCACUGUUUGUGAAACCAACACUGCCCUAUCAUAUAAAGGUUCAGGUAAAAGACACUUUGGAAAACCCUGCAUCAAGGAUUCCCCUUGUUCUAACUGGUGAAUUCGCCAAAGAAAAUGGUGAAUCUACUCCUGUUGAUAACGGUGAAGCAAUAACACAAAAGACUGACAUCAAAGGGACAUCUAUGUUUGUCAUCAACAUCCCAGCAGAUGUCACAGCCCUGGAUUUUAGGAUCAAAACAGAUGAUCCAAAUCUUCAAGAGGAAAACCAAGCACUGGCUGAGUUUAAAGCCACGUCCUACAAAUCACUGACUAAGAGCUACUUGUACAUUGACUGGGCAAGAGAAAGUAAAGUCCUCCAAGUCGGCGGUUUUCUAAAUGUCAACAUAUUUCCAAAAAGUCCUUAUCUACACAAGCUAACACACUACAGUUACUUGAUCAUAUCCAAGGGGAAGAUCCUCAAAUAUGACACAGUGGAACGGCUUUCUGGCUCUGUCUCCCAGUAUCUAAACAUCCAAAUAACAGUGAAUAUGGUUCCAUCCUUCCGUCUACUUAUAUACUAUAUCGUUACUGGAGAAUCAACUGCUGAGCUUAUUGCUGAUUCCAUCUGGGUGGAAGUCCAGGAAAACUGUCUUAAUAACCAAAAGGUUAAACUGAGCGUGCCCAGUGAUACCUUCAAGCCGAAAGAAAACGUAACUCUUAAUGUCAAUGCCCUAACUGGCUCCAUAGUGGCAUUGUCUGCUGUUGAUGUCUCUAUUUUUGAUGUCACAAAAAAGGCCCAGAGACCUCUGGAAAGAGUUUUACGCAAAAUAGAGGAUUCGGACUUGGGCUGCGGUGCUGGGGCCGGCCAGAAUAACGUGGAUGUCUUCCAAACAGCUGGCCUUACAUUUUUAACGAAUGCCAACAUCCAGGCUACUCAGAGCUUGGAUUGGAAGUGUAAUGCAAUAUUAAGAAGCAAAAGAUCGCUGGAGGAUGAAAUCAAGAAAGAAGCAAGAAAAUUCCAAAAUGAAAGUAUUAAAAGGUGCUGCAUGGAUGGUGGGUUCAAUUUAAUAAAGGAAAAUGAGUGUAAGAAAGGAGUCGAGCGAGUCCAGAAACUGAAACCAAAUUUCCAAAUGUGUGCGAAAGUCUUUGCAAAAUGCUGCAAGCUGGCCGAAGGGCUGAAAGCACAGCUAGACAAGGAGAAAAAGGAACUGCAACUUGGAAGAAUGUAUAUCAAGACAAUUUUAAAUUUGGAUGAGCCAGAAAUUCGCAGUUAUUUCCCAGAAAGUUGGCUGUGGGAGGAGCAUGCCAUUACAGACAGAAGUAGCAGUAAGAAAGUGGAUAUAAGUCUUCCAGACUCUCUCACCACAUGGGAAGUGCAAGGAGUCAGCAUGUCCGAUAAAGGUAUCUGUGUUGCUGAUCCGCUGACAUUUACCGUGUUUAAAGACUUGUUUUUGGAUGUGCAACUUCCCUACUCUGUUGUACGAGGGGAGCAAGUUCAGAUCAAAGUGAUCGUUUACAACUACCAACCUUACAAAGUUAUGGGUUGUGUCAGAGUGUCGGUGGGUAAAGAAGUCUGUCUUGUGAGCGAUUCUUCCUCGAGUCGUAAUGGAAGUCCAAGAAAUUGUCGUGAUGAAAUCCAUCCGCUGUCUCCAAAGACAUUUACAUAUAAUCUCCUCCCCCUGGAGCUUGGACUCCACCCCAUCAUCUUCACCCUGCAUGCUCCCAAGAGGGAGAUUGUGAUCAAGAAUCUGCGCGUGGUGCCAGAAGGUAUUCAAGAAGAAAAUAGUAUGGGAUUUACUCUGGAUCCACAGGGGAUUCGCGGAAUAAUGAAGAGGAAUCAAGACGUGGCAUUCAAAAUUCCAUCAAGCAUUGUGCCAAAAUCAAAGAUAAGCCGCAUCCUCUCCAUUAAUGGUAAUAUUCUGGGUGAGGUGAUCGACACGAUUGUGAGUGGAAAGAGCAUACAGACUCUGGUCAGCAUUCCGAAAGGCAGCGCAGAGACAGAUCUGAUGAGAGUGGCGCCCAUCUUCUAUGUCUACCAUUAUCUGCAAACAAAAAAUGAAUGGAGCCUGCUGGGCCCUAACACCUUCAUGAUUCAGAUAGACAUGCAGAAGAAACUGAAGGAUGGAGUUUCCAGCAUUCUCGCCUUCCGCAAGGGUGACCAUUCCUACAGCCUAUGGAGAGACAGCGACCCUAGCACCUGGUUAACGGCCUUUGCUCUGCGCACCUUUGGAGAAGUUCAUAAAUACGUACCCCUGGAUCACAUGUCUGUGUGUAACAGUCUGAUCUGGCUGAUCGAGAAAUGCCAAUCCAAAGACGGAUCCUUCCAGGAAAAGUCAUCAUCCCUCCCUAUCAAACUGCAGGGGACGAUUCCCAGAGAGGCGGCUGAGAAGACAUUGUAUCUAACAGCAUAUGUCGUAAUUGGAAUUCAAAAAUCUCUUAAUAUGUGUCCACUCGCUCAAAUAGACAACGCCCUGAGACUCGCAGUAGACUAUCUGUCCAAACAGGCGUCUAGUGCUCAAAGCAUGUACACUAUGGCAGUCUGUGCAUAUGCUCUUCAAAUUACAGAUACAACACUGCAAAGUAAACUUCAAGUAAUGACGAAGAUAAAAGGGGAGGCUCUCACCAAAGGAUCCAGUUUUCCACCGGUUUAUCGAUAUUGGAAAGAUACACUGAAGAAAUUUGACUCAGUCACACCUAGUACAGAAACCGCAGUGAUGGUGGAGACAACGGCUUAUACUCUGCUAGCUGUACUGAAAUCCGGUGAUUAUGAAUAUGCCAAACCAGUUGUGCGAUGGCUGAAGGAGCAGCAGCGGUAUGGUGGAGGAUUCUUUGGAACACAGGACACUGUCAUAGCCCUGGAAGCGCUGACAGAGGUCGCCAUCUUGGAGAAGAAGCUCAACUUAAACAUGGAUGUGACGAUCUCCUACAGAAGAGCCGGGCUAUUCAAGAACUACCAGUUGACUGAAAGGAAUCCUUUCACAAAACCUGUUGAGGUCCCCAUUUUAGAAGAUCUGCUCAUCAGUACGAGAAGUGCCUAUGGUAUUGCUACAGGAAACGUAAAAACUGUCUAUAACAUCAUCAGCCCCCCUCAGGAAAACUGCCGUUUUGACUUGAAGAUUCAGAAGAAACUCCCGUCAGAAGACCAGUCGAUUUUCAGUGAUGAUACCUCACAGGCACUGCUCCUGGAAGCCUGUGCAAAGUAUAAGCCAAAUAAAAAUGAAAAUCCGGAAUCAGGUCAGGCGGUCAUGGAGAUUACGCUGGUUACUGGCCUCUUAGCUGAUGAGAAAAGCUUAAAUGAGCUUGUGAACAGAGUGGACCAGUUUGUAGUGGAUUACAGUCUUGAAGAUGGAAAAGUUGUUCUCCACUUUGAUUGGAUCGGAUCCGAUGAGUAUGUCUGUGCCACUCUGCUGGUCAGGAAGAUGUUCAAAGUAUCUUUGAUAAGCCCUGGGAUCUUUAAAGUGUACGAAUUCCGAGCACCAGAUCAGGCGUGUACAGCCUUCUACAAUCCAUAUGCUGAUGACAAUCUGGUGAGAGUUUGCACAGGGGAAACGUGUAAAUGUAUAGAAGGUGAAUGUCCCAAACUGAAAACCAAACUGGACAUGACAACCACAGAGGAUCAAAGAAAGAACGUGGCAUGCAAGGGUGAUAUCACAUAUGUAUAUAAAGUGCAGAUUGUCCAGUUGGAAGAAGAUGGAGAUUUUGUGAAAUAUACAGCAAAGAUCUUGGAUAUAUUCAAGGAAGUCACUGCACUGGUCAAAGCAAACAAACAGAUACGCUUCAUCAAGAAGAAAACAUGCAGCAGUUUUGAUCUAGAGAAUGGGCAGCAGUACCUGAUCAUGGGGAAAGACGGAAUCCAGAUCCGGGAAGAGCGAGAGUACAAGUAUGAGUACCCGCUGGAUUCCAAUUCCUGGAUUGAGUGGUGGCCAGAUGCUUCUUGUACCAGCCGACAAUGUAAGCCUUUUGUGGAUUUGCUUGAGGGCGUCACAGAGAGUAUUUUGCUGGAGGGAUGUCAGUAACCUUCUCUACACAUCCUGACCAGUUACUAUAUUGUAUAUCUCACUUUCUCUGUUCUGUUCUUCUAUAGUGUGAUACAAACCAUUUGUCUGUUGUAUUCUAUCUGCAAACAAAUCAGAUUGGACAGUGUAAAUAAUAAAAAAAAAAUGAUUCCAAA